AUGUAUCUGUUUAUGGACACACGGAACACGGACUUAAGAGACAACACAUUUGGGGAUUUUGAGGUGCUCGGCGAUGGACGUUUAGUAAACACUCUUUAUCGCUGGUUUCCGGAUUUGGAAGAAUGUCGUAUUACGGCGCUGAAAUUUGACCCCUUGAAUUCAAAUUCACCUCAAUCAGAGACAGUUACGUUUGAAGUCACUCGAAUGUCUACCAAAGAGAGACUGGGGACUCAGACGAUUUUGUAUAUGAAUGAUCAUCCAGGAAAGGGCUUUGUGAUCAUGCAUCAGGAAACACACAUAGAUACCUACCUUAUCACAACUCGACAAAGGAACCCUCUAGAUUUGGAGGUCGACAUCGAAGCUACUUUGUUGGCCCUCAACCUGGAUCCUAAAAUCUUCAGAAUCAAAUCAUCAAACUACGGUAAAGCACAAGCAAACCAUUAA